AACAAAACUGGAAUCAAAGUGAAACAAUUAAAUAUGAAGCUGUCGGAUACCAUGGCUACGCCAAUCGAAGAGAAACUUGACCAAAAUUUAAAGGUCCGCACUGGCAUGGUCCAUGUGAGUGAUGGCAAAUGUAGACCAGAGCCGCAACGGCUUAAUCUAACAAUGGAAUUGUUGUCACUGCAAAAACUGGAAGUUGUUACACCCACAAGCAGUUCCCAUCACAAUGGGCCGCCAAUGGAAUCCAAAGAGCGCAUGGUGCAAAUCACUAGACAGAAACAGGGUGGUCUUGGCCUGAGCAUAAAGGGUGGUGCCGAGCACAAAUUACCCAUAUUGAUAUCACGUAUCUAUAAGGAUCAAGCGGCGGAUAUAACAGGACAACUGUUUGUGGGUGAUGCCAUCAUAAAGGUCAAUGGAGAAUAUAUAACCGCAUGCCCCCACGACGAUGCAGUCAAUAUAUUGCGAAAUGCUGGCGAUAUUGUCGUCCUGACGGUCAAACAUUAUCGUGCGGCAACGCCAUUCCUGCAAAAGCAAUUAACUAAAGAUACUCCAGACUCUGACAACGAUGUGACUUGCGCUGAACUCAAAGCCGACGAGGGCUACAAGUCCUCUGUGAAUAGUGGUACUAUAAGCCGUAGUUGCAGUCGCCCCAUGUCUAUAUGCUCAGAGCCGGAGAAACGUUGGACAGAUGUAGUGACAGUACCCCUGAUGAUGGCCUAUGUUACUCGCUAUAUUUAUGGCACCGAUAAGUUACGUCAAAAUGCGUUUGAGGUGCGUGGUCUUAAUGGUGUUACCACUGGUGUCAUACACUGCGACGAAUUGGCCAUCUUAAGUCAAUGGUUGAAACUGAUAACCGACAAUGUAGUCGGUCUAACGCACUUGCAGAUGAAACUCUACAAUCGUAAUUUUGCCGUAGGCGAACGCAUUGAGUACAUGGGUUGGGUAAAUGAAGGUGUCAUCAAUAAUAAUAUAUCAUGGCAGAGUUAUAAGCCCAGAUUUCUAUUGCUCAAGGGCACGGAAGUUAUGCUCUUCGAAACGCCACCACUCAAUGUGGCUGGCAUAAGCAAAGCUUUGGUCGUCUAUAAAGUCUAUCAGACCAUGUUUCGUAUUGUCAAAGAAUCGGAGACUGUGGAUAGUCGCCAGCAUUGCUUUUUACUUCAAAGUUCGGGCCACGAACCACGCUAUUUAAGUGUUGAAACGCGACAGGAAUUGCUACGCAUUGAGAAUAGUUGGAAUGCUGCCAUAGUAACCAGUGUCAUUAAGUUGGGUCGCAAAACAUUUGCAGUCUCUCAUCAUGGUAAAAGUGGUGGCUUAACCCUUGACUGGCAGGCGGGAUUCUCCUUGGCUGAAGGUUCCGAUUCGGCAAUUGUAUGGCAUUAUAAAUUCUCACAACUGAGAGGAUCAAGUGAUGAUGGUAAAUCCAAAUUGAAAUUACAUUUUCAGGAUCACGAAAGCCGCGCCAUAGAAACUAAAGAACUGGAGUGUCAAGUUCUGCAAAGUUUAUUGUUUUGUAUGCAUGCUUUUCUUACCGCCAAAGUGGCCUCAGUUGAUCCGGCGUUCUUAAGUUCAAUACAACAGACUUAAAUCAAAAAACCAAAAAAAAAAGAAAUGCUUAGCGUACCAUAUAGAUCUACUUAAUUAUAUAUACUUAUAUAUAUAUUAUUAUGUAUGUUGCAUACACACUAAAUUAGAGUCAACUUAAAGUGAAAUCUCUUGGUGCAUUAUAGGUACAUAUAUAUAUUAUAG